AUGGCUCACUCUCCCCGAAUUCAGUCCCGAGGGGUAGAGAGUCCUCUACUCCGCGGUUCUCAGUCCAGCAGCCCUGCUGCGCCUGUCUCCUCGUCCCGCCCACCCGGAGAGGCUCGCCCGGCCGUUGGUGAACGGUCCUCUUACGGUGAAGACAUCAGAUCAGAGACAUUGUCCGAUUUGCCCAGGGUCACACAGCUAGAGCCUGAGGGGGAAACAAAGACAGAUGGAGAAACUGCAUCAGACAAUGAGAGCCGAACGGAACCUGCACCAGUACCCACUUCUGAUGAUACUCCUGAGGUCUUCAAUCGGGCAUUGUCAAAGCUGUCCUCAAGAUGGAAAAACUGGUGGGUGAGAGGUAUCCUGACUUUGGCUAUGAUUGCCUUUUUCUUCAUCAUCAUUUAUUUGGGACCCAUGGUUUUAAUGAUGAUCGUGAUGUGUGUUCAGAUUAAGUGUUUCCAUGAGAUCAUCACUAUUGGCUAUAAUGUCUACCAUUCAUAUGACCUACCUUGGUUUAGGACCCUCAGUUGGUACUUUCUACUGUGCGUGAAUUAUUUUUUCUAUGGUGAAACAGUGACUGAUUAUUUCUUCACUCUGGUCCAGAGAGAGGAGCCUUUGAGGAUUCUCAGUAAAUAUCAUCGCUUCAUUUCCUUUGCUCUUUACCUAACAGGGUUCUGCAUGUUUGUACUGAGUCUCGUUAAGAAGCAUUAUCGGCUCCAGUUCUAUAUGUUUGGUUGGACUCAUGUGACCCUGCUUAUUGUUGUGACCCAGUCCCAUCUCAUUAUCCACAACUUGUUUGAAGGAAUGAUCUGGUUUAUUGUCCCCAUUUCAUGUGUGAUCUGUAAUGACAUCAUGGCCUAUAUGUUUGGCUUUUUCUUUGGUCGGACCCCACUCAUCAAGCUUUCUCCAAAGAAGACAUGGGAGGGCUUCAUUGGAGGAUUCUUUGCCACUGUGGUGUUUGGUCUUCUGCUCUCCUAUUUAAUGUCUGGAUACAGAUGCUUUAUCUGCCCUGUGGAGUUCAACAAUGACACUAACAGCUUCACUGUGGAUUGUGAGCCCUCAGAUCUUUUCAGACUUCAGGAAUAUAACAUCCCUUUGGUGCUUCAAUCUGUCAUUGGCUGGAAAACAGUUCGGAUGUAUCCCUUCCAGAUCCACAGCAUUGCUCUUUCUACUUUUGCCUCUCUCAUUGGCCCCUUUGGAGGAUUUUUUGCAAGUGGAUUCAAACGGGCCUUUAAAAUCAAGGACUUUGCCAAUACCAUCCCUGGCCAUGGAGGCAUUAUGGACCGCUUUGACUGCCAGUACCUGAUGGCUACUUUUGUCAAUGUGUACAUUGCCAGUUUUAUCAGGGGACCUAACCCAAGUAAGCUGAUUCAACAGUUUUUGACUUUGCGUCCGGACCAGCAGCUUCACAUCUUCACCAUGUUAAAGGCUCACCUUCUUGACAAGGGGAUGUUGAUUGCCAGCACUGAAGAACAGGAGGCACCUUAGAAAGAGGAUAGUAGGAUCAGAACUGAGCUCUAGGGCAAGUCUUCAAGUCAAU